AUGAAGUAUGCUCAGAUACUGGUUUCGGAUAGUUGCAGUGUUGAAAAUCAACCGCCGAAGAGGAAUAUUUCGACUGCUACCAAUAAUAAUAAUAGUACUGUCUGUAAUCCCACAACUAAUCUUGGCAGUUUAAAUCAAGCAAUUGUCGAUAUUGAAAGUGUUUUAUAUAAAAACUGUGUGGAGCUUAAUCAGCAUGAGGCAAAAUUGGUUGCACUGUUGGAAAGAUCAGAAGCAAUGGAGAGGAAUGUAAAGUGCUGUUUACUCUCCUUUCUAUAA